AUGCCCAUGUGCUCAAUAUCCAAAUGUCAUGGCUCUUAUAAAGAUAUCGGCAUAACUUUACAUAGCUUUUUUUACAAUAAUAAAACCAAACCAGACUACCAAAAGAUGGCAGUCAAAGAAUACAGUAGGAAGCUUUUAUCAAAUGAUCAAGCAGAUACUCUAUCUGAAAUGCAAUCACCAAUAAUGAUGGAGAAAAAAUCAACUGAUGAACCACUUCUGAUACUAAAAGACAAUGGUGGUCUAGUUUUCCCAUCCUGUGGUGUUGUUCAGCCAGGAAUUGAUUCUUGUGCCAUAUCCACUAUAUCCAUGGAUCAUACCAAUGAAAUGAUUUUUGAGAGAUCAUCUUAA